AUGGUGUCCGCCGACCGCCAGACCAUCAUGGAGGUCAACCGGUCGCUCCGGAAUAUAAAAACGGAGCUGGAGAACCUGCUCGAAAAGGGCGUCAUUGACGAAAACGUCUUCGACACCAUCCACGCCUCCCUCCCCCCCGAGUCCUCCGUCUCCGGCCCUCUACGCACGACCAGCAACACUAACGGCGCCUCCGCCAACACAUCGCCCGCCGCCCGCGACAACGGGCCGACGUACACGCCGCCGACGCAGGGCCUUCAGACCGCGCACCUCGGCAACUCAACGUCCCCCGUGCCCCCCUCCUACAACGACACGCCCGCGCCCGGCGUGCCCCCGCGUGGUGGUAGCGGAAAGCCCACCCUGACGACGGCGCGCGCGCUCUACCGCUACGGCGCGACCGACGCCCGCGACCUGACCUUUGAAAAGGACGACAUCAUCGCCGUCUACGAGUACAUGAACCAGGACUGGUGGAUGGGCAUGAACCAGCGCACUGGCCAGGAGGGCAUUUUCCCCCGCAGCUACGUCCUGCCCGAGCAGGACAACAAGGCCCCUGGGGGUUACGGUCCGCCGCAGCCGCAGUACGGCUAUCCCGCCGGCCCGCCGCAGCAGCAGAACCCGUACAACGCCAACGUGCCCCCGAUGGCGGUGGCAGAGGGCGGGCAGGCAGAGGGCGGCGCAGGGGGGGGGAAAGCGGGCGAGCUGGGUAAGAAGUUUGGUAAGAAGCUGGGAAAUGCGGCUAUCUUUGGCGCCGGUGCGACUAUUGGUGGCAAUAUCGUCAAUAGCAUCUUUUAG